AUUCCCCUCUUACAAGUACUUUAUUUUCAUGAUUUAAGUGGACUCUUUAUAACAAGAAAGGGUGAAUAGUGACCAACAUUUUUUUAUAAUAACAAACAAAACCUUCCAUGCUUUUCUUUAAUAGCUUAUAACCAAAAGUGCUUUCCGACCAAUCAUUAAUCUCCCCCCUCUAACGACAUAAUGCUUUUAUUUAAAUGUUUAUAUGAACUGGCAGCAUCUUUGCUUGAAUUUCAAGGUUCUAUUAAAGUCACAUUUUUUCAAUCUCACUAUACUUGUGAUAUUUUCAUCUAGAUUCUAGAAAAUGGGAAGACAACCAUGUUGUGAUAAGGUUGGUUUGAAGAGAGGACCCUGGACUAUUGAGGAAGAUCAUAAGCUUGUGAGUUUUAUCCUUAAUAAUGGGAUUCAUUGUUGGAGAGUGGUUCCUAAACUUGCAGGUCUUUUAAGAUGUGGAAAAAGUUGUAGAUUGAGAUGGAUUAAUUAUCUUAGGCCAGACCUUAAGAGAGGUGGAUUUACUGAAAUGGAAGAGGAUCAAAUUAUUCAACUGCAUGCACGUCUCGGUAAUAGGUGGUCAAAAAUUGCUUCACAUUUUCCUGGGAGAACAGACAAUGAAAUUAAGAACCAUUGGAACACAAGAAUCAAGAAGAAGCUAAAGUGUCUUGGUUUGGAUGUUGUGAACCUAAAACCAAUUGAGCAAAAGCAACAAACUGAUGAUAAUGAUGAUGAUGACAAAGAAAAAACUAACCAACAAGUAAAUGUUUCAGAAAGGAUUGAAGAAAAUGCGGAGAGUAUUAAAUCCUUGGAUAGUGAAACGGAAUUGAAAAGAGAAGAAAACAAAGUGGCUUGGGAUGAUAGUGAUGAACUUUUAAACAAGUUCGAAAUGCUAUGUUCAAAUUUGGAAUUGGGGACAUGGAUAAGCCAAGACACCAACAUUAGUACUACUACAAAUUCUGUUUCUAGUUCUUCUAUGUCUUUGGAUGAUACUAGCCACAUUUCUAUUGACGAAUCCUCUUACUUUCAACAAAAUUCAUUACACCAAUGGGUUGAUAAUAUGGAUUCCAUUCUCUCAUGGGAUGCUUUCAAUCCACUUGAUCAAGAUAUUUCUUUUUUCGAAAAAUAGGAAAUAAAUGACCUAUUAAGCAUUGAUCCGUCCAUUAGGUGCAUCAACAUCAGUGUAGUGAUAUUUGAAAAAUUAAAAAUAAUUGAUGUAAUCGCAUGUGCCAAUAUCACACCAAUGUCUGACACUGACGAAUGUCAAACCCUUGCACCUACCUAUUACAUAAUCACCUCUUAUAAACUACCCUAUCUCAAACAAUAAAAUGCUAUAGUAAUGUAUAAAACAGUGCCACUUUUAUUUGUUCCUGCAUUUUGUUUUUGGCUGCAAUGAUGGUUAGUGUGGUGAUGAUGAUUCAAAAUUGAAUACAAAUUGAGUUUUUUUAUAUAUAAUUUUU